AUGGAAAGAGGAAAGGAGAAAACGGUUUCCAACACGUUGCAACAAUCUUUCCACCAUUCUAAAGAGCCUACCUUCCUUAUAAACCAAGCUGUUCUAUCUAGUACAUCCCUUUCUAGCUUUUUGCCAGAAAUUGAGCAUGUCAACCCUGGUGAAAAAAUAAAGACGGACCCUCAGAAAAAUAGACCUGGAACUGUAAUACUCCUAAAACGGUCCAGUAGGAGGAUUAUGUCGGAAAGUCAGCCCAGCCCCUCUGUGAUCCCAUCCCGCAGGCCCGGGUUCCAGGUGUGCCAUAUCUGUGGCCGAGAAUUUGGGUCCCAAUCGCUUGGCAUUCACGAGCCCCAGUGCUUGGAGAAGUGGCAUACUGAAAACAGCAAGUUGCCCAAGCAUCUGAGGAGGCCAGAACCUUCCAAACCACUGCCUCUCAGUGGAAGUGGAUCCUACAAUCUUCAGGCAGCAUUCCAGAGUUCCCAGGCUCAGCUGCUGCCCUGUGAAUCCUGUGGUCGCAAGUUCUUGCCAGAUCCGCUUCUUGUUCAUCAGAGAAGCUGCAAGCCGAAGGGUGAGGGGCCCAGGGCACCAAACCCCAACAGUUCUGAUAAUCUUGCUGCUCUCAAGAAAGCUUCUGGUGGCAUCACAACCCGACCAAGGGCUCUCAUCUGCUACGUCUGUGGUAGGGAAUUUGGCACUCUGUCCCUUCCUAUACAUCAGCCCAAAUGCCUGGAAAAGUGGAAAAUAGAAAAUGACCGGCUCCCCAGCGAGUUCUGCCAGGCACUACCGCGGAAGCCUCAGCCCCUUCCAACUGGACAGUCCAACCAAGAGGGGCCGAGUCAAGCUCAACUCGUACCCUGCCCAAAUUGUAGCCGGACCUUUGCCCCUGACAGCUUUCUGGUGCACCAGAGAAGUUGUACAGCUCAACCUAGUGGGCCAGAAGUUCAAGAUUUGACAUUAUGGAGUAAAGGUGGCCUCAAAGAGUCCACUAAUUCCAAGCAGCAAAGGAGCAUGGCAGUACCCACUGUGACUGAUAAGCCAACAAUGAUAAGGCAUCCACCAACAGUUGUUUGCUACAUUUGUGGUCGUGAAUAUGGAACAAAAUCAAUUUUCAUCCAUGAGCCACAAUGUCUGAAAAAAUGGCAUAAUGAAAACAACUUGUUGCCUAAAGAGCUAAGGAGACCAGAACCGAAAAAGCCAGAAGUCAGGACCAUUACUGCCAAGGGUUUCUAUGAUCUUGAUGCCUUAAACGAAGCUGCUUGGACAAGUGCCCAGAGCCAGUUGGUUCCCUGUAAUAUUUGUGGGCGUACCUUCCUGCCAGACAGACUGAUUGUUCACCAACGAUCCUGUAAACCAAAAGUCGCCAAGUAAAGCUCUUUCCCCCUACGAAAUAGUUGCAGGAAUUAAAUCCUUUGGAAAGAGCUGGGAUAUGACGG